AUGUCUGCCGGUCUAAGUCCCAGCUCCAGCUUCUUCCUACUCCUAGCUACACAGCCUAGCAACAUACCCAGAGGGACACGUCCAAGGAGCAACACGGUCGCUGGAACUCCAGAUACCGGUAUUAUCCUCGCCGAACCCGCUCGAAUCGCAAUUCAUCGCAGAAGAAAUACAGUUACUGGAGGGCCUGACGCUGGCAACGAUACUGCUGGCCGUCAACCUCAGCGGUAUCGCCUUUGUUCUCCGCGUCUCGAAAGUACAUCCUGUUCCAGGCAAUCCCCUGACCCGCAUUUCAAGUUGUGGACUCCCCAAACCUCAUCCGAGAGAAGGGAAUCCGAGGAAGCGCGUCUCCGGCGUAUCACUCGCGAGGUUCACCGUAUUCGACUUUUGAUAGCGGAACAGGAACGCAAGUCUGAGAACGACUUUAGCGAACUUAAUCUUGCAUUUUUGCGUGCGGUUAUGUCACUUAACGGCAACGGUGGCCAUAUCGGAGGAAAUAUGACCGCAAAUAAUACUCAGGGAGCCGGACCUGGCAUGUAUUCCAGUUUCGAGAGCUCUCCCAACAAUCUUUCGAAUUUGCGGAGCCCGUCUAUGUCUCCUUCACUUCCACAUGCCCAGGUGAACGGUGGAGGCGCCGGUGGUGGAUUGGCCGCUGGUAUGCCUAUAAACGCGGGCCAACAAAUGGAUCUAAACCACCUUUACGAGAUGGUGCUCGAGUUGAGCGAUGUGCUUAAGAAUAAUCGCGAGAUGACUAGGAGCAUUGUUACAAGUGCGGAGGAUUUAAUGAGACGUGCUAAUACCGAGGGCUCUAGCCCAAGUUUACAGCAAGUUAAUGGCGAGAUAUCCGCUGCCAGGAUUGCAGACCUUGAACGUGCCCUUGCCAGAGAGAAACGUGUGGUCGAGAUAUUAAAGCAUGAACAAACGGAGAACAUCAAACUGAUUGGCGAAUAUGAGGCAGCCAUGGGAGUUAUGGUUGAACAGAUCCGCAACUACUGCCAGAACAAUAACAUGCACUUUCUUGCGCAAAAGCGUCACUACAAUAAUCUUCUGCAAGCCGAGCGGGACGCUCACCUGCAAUCCAGACUGGAUCGCGAUUACUGGCAUUCUCAGACCAUGAAGUGCGCAGAGAUGAUUCGUACAGCGUACCGCCUUCGCUGCGAGGAAGAGGAGCUUCCCCUUCGCAUAGUUUCUGGUUUGCAGAACGAAGUUCGUGCGUAUCGUCAAGCUCUAGGUAUGGAACCGGAGAAACCAGAAGAGGAGUUCGGAUGGGAAAUCCUUAAGGAUGCUCCCCCCAGCGUCGAUUAAUUCGGUUCGGCAGCGCUUUUUCUCGAUCACUUGAGGUGACGUACGACAUGUGACGAUGACGAUUAGCUCCUUUUCAAUAAUCUAUUUUCUGCAGACUAGGGUAGGCGUUUUCUGGUGAUGAGCAUGGGGGUGUUUCUACUACAGUCAUCUCUUUGUCUUAUUUCUCUCCCUUUUUCUGCUCGAAAGAUACCCCUGUUCGAUGUACAUCAAAACAUACAUGGCCCAUGCUUGGGUUAAUUCAUAGUUUCCUACCUCAGGUGCAGCUAGACUUUGAUGUUUAUGCCUCGUAUCUCUUGUCAAUGAUGUUGGGGAGAGCAGAUGAUUGACCGGUGUUCUCGCUUGGUGCUGGCCACCCUGUGUAACAUAGGUUGACAGUUGCUUGACUUGGUGCUUUGACGGGCAGAUUGCAGCUAAAUAUCGGUGUUAUUAGUUAUUGAAUGAUAAUUAAUCAAUAUGG